AUGUACUUAAAGUUUAAAACGGUAAAAUUGCAUAGUCAGUCAAUAAAGUUAUACCAAAUGAAUAUGUAUGCGUUUUUAGUCGUUUCAGUAAUUAAUUUGUCAGUUGGUACAAGUAGUACCAUAACUGAAAAAUAUUAUGAAGAAUUAAUACGCCAACGUACAGCGGAAGCCGAAUCUUACAAUCUACCCACAACUAACGACGAAUUCAAACCAGGAGUUCAAUCGAAAACUACACACGACUAUGGUUCCUACGAUUUCGUGAUAGUAGGUGGCGGCUCUGCUGGGAGUGUAUUAGCAACCAGACUAUCAGAAAUAGACAGUUACAAAAUUCUGUUAUUAGAGGCAGGAGGCGAAGAAGACGACUUUAGCCAGAUACCUUCCAUGUUCUUUCACCUAUUCUUCAGCAAAAUGAACUGGGGGUACUUCAGUACACCUCAAACUACUUGCUGCUUAGGAAUGAAAAAUCGAGCAUGUGCCGUCCCUAGAGGGAAAGCUCUUGGUGGUAGUAGUGCUAUAAACGCAAUGAUGUACGCCCGAGGUAACCGCUACGACUUCGAUGAGUGGGUGGAGUUAGGAAACCCGGGAUGGUCGUACGAAGAAGUUCUUCCUUAUUUCAUAAAAUCGGAAAAUUCGCAAGUUGAUGGUGAUCCCGACUACCACGGGAAAACCGGCUUCUGGAACGUGGCUUACACUUCACCGGCUUCUCCCCUCCUUUCCAAAUUUUUUAACGCUAGCUUACAAAUGAAUCAACCCAUUGUGGACUACAAUGGUAGAAAACAAAUCGGGUCAGGGCGAGUACAAUUCACUAUUAAACGUGGAAAGAGACAAAGUACCGGAAAAGCGUUCUUAGAUAACGCACGCCAACGACGUAAUCUUGAAGUUAAGAGCAACGUUUUAGUGACCAAAAUCAUUAUAGACAAAACCAAAGUGGCAAAAGGGGUGGAAUUCGUAACAAAACACAAAAAAUUCUUCGUAAAAGCAAAAAAAGAAGUCAUUGUUAGUGCAGGUGUCGUUAAUUCUCCACAGCUAUUAAUGUUGUCGGGGAUAGGUCCAAAAGAUCAUUUAAAAGCACUGGAAAUUGGUGUUGUUGAAGACCUGCCUGUUGGUAUGAAUCUUCGAGAACACGCUUUGUUUCCUGGUUUGGUUUAUAACACAAACUAUACUCUUUCUAAUCGUAGUACCGAGGAAUUUGUCAAACAGUAUUUGAAAGGUUUAGGUACUUACACAAGAGCAGCCGGUAUAGACGGCAUCGGUUUCAUACACACCGGUCAAGGAAACAGAGCACCUACCAUAGAGUACUUAUUCGUACCACCAACCGGAAUCAAAACAAAAAUAGUAAGUAAAGCUUUCAACUACAACGACAACCUCAGCAACAACUUUCUAAACAAAUUGGACCCACAAAGAGGCGUGGUGAUCCACUUGAUACUACUUCAUCCAAAAUCUAGAGGCCGCAUUACCCUCAAAUCAAAUGAUCCUCUUGAUUUUCCCUAUGUGGAUUUGAACAUGCUUUCGGAACAAGAGGAUAUAGAUACUGUGAUUGAAGGAAUAGAAUUCAUUCGUGAUAUUUUUCAAAGUGACGCUUUUAAGAAAAUUGAUGCCCGUCCUCUAGAAAUUCCGGUUUGUAAGGAACUGAGAAAACAGUAUAGAGAGUACUGGGAAUGCGUAAUUCGUCAGAUGACGACCACCAUUUAUCAUCCCCAUGGUACCACCGCUAUGGGUCCAGAUAAGAAAACGUCUGUAGUCGAUGGUGACUUGAAAGUGCAUGGAAUUCAAAAAUUGAGGGUUGUGGAUGCUGGAAUUUUUCCUACGUCGCCUUCUGGUCAUUUGAAUGCCCCCACGGUAAUGGUGGCGGAGAAAAUUGCAGACAUAAUUAAAAGAAAAUAUAGGUUUUCAUAAAAUGACAGAUUAUUGGAAAAUUCGAAUUAUACACAUGAAAAAAAUUGUAUUGUUAAAUAA